GGGCGGGGCGCCCAGCGGGGCCGGAAGUCAGCGGGCGGAAGAGCGCCUACGGGUGCUGUCGAGGGCCAAGAUGGCCGCGGGGGCAGCGGCGGGCGCCGGCGCGAGCGCCUACAGCCUGGGCUUGGCCAACGAGCGGCUGCGGCUGCUGGAGGAGCUGGAGCGCGAGAUCGGGGCGGCGCUCCAGAGCGCGGGUGGGCGGGGCUUGAUCCGCUACCUGACCCAGGUGGCUACCGGGCAGCCCCACGAGGGGUCCAGCUACUCCGCACGCAAAGACUGCCAGAUGGCCCUGAAGCGCAUCGACUACGCCCGCGUCAAGCUGGGGGAGCUCUCUCGGACCUGCGAGCAAAUGCUGGAACCGUAGGCGGGGGACGUCCCCGCGUGACCUGCUGGGAUGCCCGUGGUUGAAGGAGCCAGUUGGAGGCCACGGACGGACUUCUGUGCUCUCAGUUUCUUUUCUUUUUUCUUUUAAUCUGACUUUGUCCACCCAAUUGGGGGACUUCGCUGCCUAGAUCAACUCAGAAAUGUGAGAUUAUGACUGGCUUUCUUUUUUGUUUGUUUCUGUGGAGUUUGCCUCCGUCACCUUCCCAACCUAUGUGAGACAUCGGAAAACAUGUGUCAGAAAUGCCUCGUCUUAAAUACAGAGUAGAUAAACAAGA